AUGACUACAUCAUCACCUAAACCUACACCAACACCACGUUGCGUUAUCAUUAGACAUGGUCAAACUGAAUGGUCAGUGUCCGGUCAAUACACUGGUAAGACCGAUUUGCCUCUAACUGAAAAAGGUGAAAAGUUGGUAUGCGACUCAGCUGAAGCUCUGUUCAGGAAUAAUCUGCUUAAUCCAGAUCACAUUACCUAUGUGUUUACCAGUCCACGUCAAAGAUCUAUCAAGACUAUGGAAUUGAUGUUAUCCUCAUUGACCGAAGAACAAAAAUCAAAGAUAAAAGUAGUUGUGGAUGACGAUUUACAAGAAUGGGAUUAUGGUGAUUAUGAAGGUAAACUGACCUCAGAAAUUCGUGAACUUCGUAAGUCUCGUGGAUUGGAUAAAGAGAGACCAUGGGUUAUUUGGAGAGAUGGUUGUGAAGGUGGUGAAAGUUCCGACCAGGUUGCCAUGCGUGUAUCAAGAGCCAUAGCGAGAAUUCAAUCGCUGCACGAUCAACAUUUGAAGCAAGGUAUCACAUCCGAUAUUCUGGUGUUUGCACACGGACAUUUGUUGCGUUACUUCGCUGCCAUCUGGACAGGGUUAGGUGAAGAAGCGGAAAUGAGUCCAAAGGAUGCCGCUGUUAGGGCUUGUCAAGAUCCAGACGUCCCUCAUAUUACAUUGGAAAAAUACCAUUAUAUGCACAGAAAUCCAAAAUUAAUGCUUGAUGCUGGUGGUGUCGGUGUUUUGUCUUAUGAACAUAACAACUGCGCUGAGCCUGCUAUGGUUAUCGCAGGCCCAUUCACAGUCAACUAG